AUGAUCACCCUGAAAACAGAUAGGCCUCUGCCAUUAAAAUGGGAUAUUAAUUAAGCUAGUUAUAAAUCUACUGAAAAUGAAAUUAUGCAUGCAAUUAAGCUACUGGUAAAGCUAGGAUAUCGAAAAUGGUCAGAUAUGAGGCACCUAAAAAGCAAAAUUUAAGGCUCAGAUCCGCCUGUUGUCAAUCUGAUGCCUGAUAAAAUCAAAGAUUACUUUAAAAAGAGGAGAAACGAUGACCAGAGAAUAAAAUCUCUCAAAUAUCAGUAGUACUUAGUUGAUCAAUAAGCUUUUUAGACUUAGUAUACAGAAGAAUUUCUAAAAACCUUACAUUAGAAGCAGGGAAUUGAUUUUUUAGAAAGGAAAAUGGAAAAUACUUAAGGAAAUAUGCUUGAGAAAUAUCCUUGCUUUAAAGAAUAUAUUGAUGCGAGAAAGUAACUUCAGGUGAGUGACAUUGACAAUUUGAAGUUUAGUAUUCUCGGCAUCUAAUAUCCUGGCUAAGAGGGAGAAUUAGUAUGUAAUGAAUUUUAUGAUCUGGCAGAUGCAAAAUAAGAAGAGAAAAAAUCAAUGAUGAUCAGAGCAGUUAAGCCAAAUCAAAAAAAAUUAUCUGCAGAAGUAGCUGAAUAACUUGAUAAUUACCUACUAAAUAAGAACUUGAAACAGUAAAUAAGAAAUCAAAUGCUUUAAAAUAGAAAAAUGACCUUUAAGAAAAAGUCACAAGCUGGAGAAUAAUUCAACAAUAUUGGCUAAUAGAUUAACCAAAUUCAAAACUAAGAGAAAGAGCUUGAAGAUAAAUUGAAAAUACUUGAUAAAAGCCAGGAAGAAUCACUAGAGAAUGAUGAAAAGAUCGAUCAUUGGCUGCAUUAUGCUGAAAAUAAAGACUCAGAGAAAAGAUUUGAGGAAGCUUUUAAACCACAAACUGAAAAGUAAUAUUCAAAAAAGGAUUUCAAAGAGUAACUCUUGACCCUAAAGCAAGAACUUGCCACACAUCAGAAACCGAUUUAGUUUCUUAAUAAUCAUGAGUUAGACCAGAUUAGAUUACUUUCAAGAAAAAUGAUAAGAACUAAAUCUCAAUUAAUAUCUCCAAUAAAAAAUUCAGCCAAAACAUCUCCCUUAAAAACUAAAAUUUUAGAUGCUAUCACUAAAAAUAGCUAAAUAAUUGAUUAAGUAACAACAGACAUUAGAGCACUAGAAAUUGUGAAGUCUGUAUCCCACAGAAAGUAAAAUUCAUAAUAACUUAAAAUACCUUCAAUUAAUAAUAAACUUGAAAGCUUAAGUUCCAACAAUUUGUUUUCACCUUAAUCAUUCUCUCAAUAAAGGCUAAUGACUUCAUAGUAAAAUUCAUCUGCAAUUCAUUCUACUCAACAAAAUACUUACAAAUAAACAUUGUUUAAAGAAAGUUUCCUUACUUAGAAAUAGAGAGAGUAAAAUAUUGAUUUAAAGAAAUUAAUUUAAGCUAAAACACUCACAAAAUUUUAUCCUUUAACAGCUCGAUCGCCUGGUGGUAAUUAAGAAUUGAGCAUUAAGAAUUUGAGGAAAGUUUAGUAUCACAAUCAAAAUAAACUUUAAGAGAAGACUGUUAAUGAUGUCAUAAAAUCCUAUUAAGAUUAUUCUAAUCAACUCUAUGACCAUAUUAAACAUAAAAUUGAAUCUGGAAUCAUGGACAAAAAACCUGUGUCAAAUGCAUCUACAUCUGCUUUCAGUUUACCGUCUAGCAAUAUUCUGAAAAAAUGA